GGCAGCCUGGCCUCGUCUCGUCCGGUCAUCCCGUCUCGGCCUCGCCUCGCAUCGCCUCUCUCUCUAGCUGCUUGUGCUUCUCUCUCUAGCCCCCCUCCUCCCUCCUCUCCUCCCCCACUCGCACAGUGCCCAAUGCCGCGCAAACCCUAGUGCCCCCACUCCCGAUCUCGCGCGGCAGCCAUGGGGAACUGCUGCCGCUCGCCGGCCGCCGCCGCGCGGGAGGACGUCAAGUCGUCGCACUUCCUGGCCUCCGCCGGCGGGAAGAAAAAGCCCCACCAGGCGCGGAACGGCGCUGGGGCCGGCGCAGGCGGCGGCAGCGCCGGGGAGAAGAAGCGGCUGUCGGUGCUCGGGGAGGAGGGGUGCGACGUGGGCGCCGGGAUCGAGGAGAAGUACGCCCUGGACCGGGAGCUGGGGCGCGGCGAGUUCGGGGUGACGUACCUGUGCAUGGACCGGGGCACGCGGGAGCUGCUGGCCUGCAAGUCGAUCUCGAAGCGGAAGCUGCGGACGCCCGUGGACGUGGAGGACGUGCGCCGGGAGGUGGCCAUCAUGCGGCACCUGCCCAAGAGCCCCAGCAUCGUGUCGCUGCGGGAGGCGUGCGAGGACGACGGCGCCGUGCACCUCGUCAUGGAGCUCUGCGAGGGUGGGGAGCUGUUCGACCGCAUCGUGGCCAGGGGGCACUACACGGAGCGCGCGGCGGCCGCGGUCACGCGCACCAUCGUCGAGGUCGUGCAGGUCUGCCACCGCCAUGGCGUGAUCCACCGGGACCUCAAGCCCGAGAACUUCCUCUUCGCCAAUAAGAAGGAGAACUCACCGCUCAAGGCCAUCGACUUCGGCCUCUCCAUCUUCUUCAAGCCUGGUGAAAAGUUUUCGGAAAUUGUGGGAAGUCCCUACUACAUGGCUCCGGAAGUCCUGAAGAGGAACUAUGGUCCUGAAAUAGACAUAUGGAGUGCUGGUGUUAUCUUGUAUAUUUUGCUAUGUGGUGUUCCUCCAUUUUGGGCUGAGACUGAACAAGGAGUCGCACAAGCUAUUCUUCGGGGAAAUAUAGAUUUUAAGCGAGAACCCUGGCCCAAUGUUUCAGAUAAUGCUAAAGAUCUUGUUCGACAGAUGCUUCAGCCUGAUCCAAAACUCAGGCUAACGGCAAAACAAGUUCUUGAACAUCCCUGGCUACAAAAUGCUAAGAAAGCUCCAAAUGUUCCUCUUGGAGACAUCGUAAAGUCCAGGUUGAAACAGUUUUCAAGGAUGAACAGAUUCAAAAGAAGAGCUCUGAGGGUGAUUGCUGAUCACUUGUCUGCUGAAGAGGUUGAGGACAUAAAAGAGAUGUUCAAAGUGAUGGAUACCGAUAAUGAUGGUAUAGUCUCUUACGAAGAGUUGAAGAAUGGGAUCGCAAAAUUUGGUUCCCAUCUUGCAGAAUCUGAAGUGCAAAUGCUUAUCGAAGCUGUGGAUACAAAUGGUAGAGGAGCACUUGAUUAUGGUGAAUUUUUGGCUGUCUCGCUUCACUUGCAAAGGAUGGCAAAUGAUGAGCACCUUCGGCGGGCCUUCCUAUUUUUUGACAAGGAUGGCAAUGGUUUCAUUGAGCCUGAGGAGCUUCAGGAAGCCCUGGUGGAGGAUGGAGGAGCCGAUAGCAUGGAUGUGGUCAAUGACAUAUUGCAUGAGGUCGACACGGAUAAGGAUGGUAAAAUUAGCUAUGAAGAAUUUGUCGCAAUGAUGAAGACUGGCACAGACUGGAGAAAGGCAUCAAGGCAUUAUUCAAGAGGGCGCUUCAACAGCCUUAGCAUAAAGCUUAUAAAAGAUGGGUCUCUAAAACUAGGUAAUGAGUCGGCCGCGAGCUUGACCCGGGCGCGCGUGGGCACGCACCCAGUCCCAGCCAUGUCAGCGCCUGCCGCGGAGGGGGUCGUGGCGGGAUUCCGCGGGGAGCAGAGGAGCUUCGCGCGCGCAGCCUCCUCUGCCUUCGGGGCCGCUGAGUUCGCCUCCGGAUUCGAUGGCCCCCAGCUCCCGCCGCUGCGGCUGCGGGCCUCGUGCGGCGGCGGCGCGAUCGCCAGCCCGUGCUCCAGCUCCUCCUCCGAUACCUUCGUCAGCAUGCGCUCCACGCCCUCAGAAACGCUGAACCCGUGUGGGCUAUGGUCGCCGCCGCGCGCUCCGUCCGAGGCGUCCGAGUUCGGCACGGCGCGCGAGUACGACACCACCGAUCCCUUCUUCGGUGACAACUGGCUCCACGACAACCACCUCUUCCACGGCAAGCCGGAGAGCGAAGGCAGCGAAGGGGAGGACAAGUUCAUUGUUGGUGAUGACGUCAGCUUGCCGCGGAAUGAGAUGCAGGAGCUUAGUGAUGGCUGCGGCCACAGGCACGUACACAGAGACCGAAUCGCGGAUUCCGAUAGGUGCGCAGAGGUGAAUGCGUGCUCGUCACCGCCCUGUGGCUGCUGCUACGGGGAAAAGGAGAAUGAUGAGGAGUUGGUGAGAGAUUCUUGCUCUGCUGUUUAUGGGAGGUAUCAGAUCAUGGACGACCAUACGGAACUGCUUGAUGAGUGUGUGGCAGAAGCAUUCCGGUUCAGGCUGACUGCAUUUGAUGAUGCUGGCGAUUGCUUAGUGGAUUUCAAGAAAGCAGAUGGCGAUGGGUUGGAUCUUAGUGCUCUGGAGAAGGAGCUUCAAAUGCUUACUCCGUACUUGGCUGAUGCAGAUGCUCUAGAGAAUACUGGGCUUCAACAUGACUUCAUAGGCAAUGAAAAACUAGAUGUCCGCAUGGUAACAAAUGAGGAAAUUGCUGAUGCCGAAGAAUUUCUAAAAGAUAGCUACAGCAUACAUCCUUUUCCUGAGAGCAGUGACCCUUUAGAUGUUUAUGGGGUGGAAGAUUUCGUGACAGCAGAUACAAAUGUUCAAAAUUCUACUAUUCACAAAAUCCAGGAAGAUCCAAAAGUUGAUCCUGCACUCUCUAAGUUUUAUCAGGAGUAUGAGGUAUUUGACUUGAAAAUUUUCCACCGGAAGAACAGGACUGGCUUUGAGGAAAACAAAGAAUUCCCUAUUGUCAUGGAUUCAGUUAUAGCUGGAAGAUAUCGUGUCACUGAGUAUCUUGGUUCUGCUGCAUUCAGCAAGGUUGUACGUGCACACGAUCUUCAAACUGGAGUUGAUGUAUGUCUUAAAAUAAUAAAAAAUGAUAAGGAUUUCUUUGACCAGAGCUUGGAUGAGAUAAAGCUCCUUAAGUUUGUCAAUAAGUAUGACCCAGAUGAUGACCAUCACAUACUUCGUCUCUAUGAUUACUUCUACUUUCAGGAACAUCUCUUCAUUGUCACUGAAUUACUACGCGCAAAUCUGUAUGAGUUUCAGAAAUAUAACCAGGAGUCUGGUGAUGAGGUAUACUUUUCAUUGCCCAGAAUACAGGCUAUAGCUCGACAAUGCUUGGAGGCUUUGGUGUACUUGCAUCAUUUAAACAUUGUUCACUGUGACCUGAAACCCGAGAAUAUCCUUCUGAAGAGCUACAGCAGAUGUGAAAUCAAGGUUAUUGAUCUUGGAAGCAGCUGCUUCAUGUCAGACAACUUAAACUUGUACAUUCAAUCACGUUCUUACCGAUCUCCUGAGGUCAUCCUGGGUUUGCCAUAUGAUCAAAAAAUUGACAUUUGGUCUCUUGGCUGCAUCUUGGCUGAACUAUAUACUGGUGAAGUGCUCUUUCCUAAUGAAUCAAUACCAAUCAUUCUUGCUCGUAUGAUUGGGACAAUUGGUCCAAUUGACAUGGAAAUGCUUGCGCUGGGACAGGAGACAGAGAAGUACUUCACAGAUGAUUAUGACCUUUUCCACAAAAAUGAGGAGACAGGUCAGUUGGAAUAUUUGAUCCCAGAGAAAUCAUCUUUGCGGCGCCACUUGCAAUGCCCAGACAAGAAGUUCGUUGAUUUUCUCUCGUACCUGCUGCAAAUAAAUCCCAGAAAGAGACCAACGGCCAUUGAAGCAUUGCAACACCGAUGGCUUUCAGUAGUAUAUAGCUGAGCUUGCCAAUCAAGCUCUUUCCUCACAAAUAGGGACAGUGUCUGAAGUCACUCCUCUUUCCUCACGAGUAGGAUCAGUUUCUGAAGUUACUUGACUCAUGAAACAACAGGCUUCCUUUGGAGCAGGAUUUGGCUUCGUGGGAUUUUUUUUCCAGGUCAAUCCUUGGCAAUGAAAUCCUGUUUUGCAACGUCAAUUGAUCGUGGAUACACGCUAGUUCGUGCAUGUAAAUAUGAGAAAAUUACCUGUUGUAUAUGUACAGUUGUCAUGUACUACGAUGUAAUUGAUCCAACUAUAGCCAAUUAAAUUGUUAUGUUUCUGUAUUUCUUGAUCUACCUAUGACAUCACUCUGAUGUAAUUUCUGUGUUCUUGAGUUAACUGAAUUUUGUGGUUCUUGACCUAUGAUUUAUUUAAUCCAAUUCAGGAAAUAUCAA